AAUAUGCAUUGGCAACUACAUACAAGUGGAAGUGAAUAAUUCAAAUUGUACUUUCUUACAACUAAUGUAUAUUGAAAAAUGUAAAUAUAACAGCGUACAUAUUUGCAAAAAGUGGCCAAACAGCAGUGUGCACUAUUUUGCACUAUUUGGCAAACGAUUGACAGAGCAGCAAACAGGUGGAGUUGGUGGAAACCGGCUGACAAGUCGUUCGCGGAAAAGGUGUAGAAAAGAAAGUCAAGUGCGUUUUAAAAGUCUCGGUAGCGCGUGAGAUCUUCACUGCUGGCUUGUUCGUUGUAGGCGCCAUCGUCUGAACUUAUAGUUAAGUUGUAAUCCGAGGCACUUGUAGUGAUGUUGUGAAACUUCACAUGCAGACAUAGAUACGUGUAUGUAUGUUUGUAUGCACCGUCCGGUCGUUGUCUAACGUGUUUGCUGUUGUGUUGUUGGUGUUAUUUAAAAUUUUUAUUUUUGCAAAGAUAAAGCUAUUGCAAUAUUUUACAACGAAAGCAGCCCAAUUUUCUAUAUUUAUUUCAAAUAAAUAAUAUUAAGUGAAGUGUUAACGUGGAUAAUUACUAAUAAUAAGAAAACUACAAACAUGUUUAGCAAAAAAAAACACGAAUUUAAAAAUAAAAGACAGUUGUGUUGGUGAAGUGAAGAAGUUCUUUCCGUAGCUAAAAAAUUAAAUAUAUGCUUUAUAUAUAAUACAUAACUAUGAUGACAGCUAGAAUACGUGUAUGCAAAUUAAAACAUUGGGAGCAGAGGAAAUUGUGCAUUUUGCUAAAGUAAAUUUUCUCAAACAUGUGUACGUAACUAGGGAAUGCCGUACGUAAACGUUGAAGAUUAUCAACACAAAUAGAAUGCAGUGCACCUCGAAACAAUGUAAAAAAAAUAUUGCAAAUAAAGAUAAUAAUAGUGCGCGUAUCGUAAAGUCGCGUGUGAAAUCGUGAAGCAAACAAACGCAUGAAGCUUCUCGCAAACGUCAGACGGUGAAGUCAAACAAAACAAACGCGGCAAAAUGUUUGCAAUUUUCUACUAGAAUUAAAGUAAUAUAUUUAAACAGAUUAGAAAGAAAUCUCAUUAAAGUGUACUAGAAUAAAAUAAUUACGAAACAAUAACAACAAACAGCAAAAUAGCAACGACGAACUGCGAGCCACAAUUUCGCGUAGAGAAAAUGCCAACAUUGGCAGCAAAAAAUUCGCAAGCCACAAUUGCCAACAUGGCAACAGCCGCCACAACAACAACAGGAACGGCAAUAAAUUCCGGUGCCAGCGAGCAGUGCGAUAGCGAUGUGGUUACGGCCACAAGAAUAGCAACGCCAACCGACACACAAAACAGCGGUGGCGCGUUGAAUCACCAUCAUCAUCAUUAUCACCAUUCGCCGGCGCCGCAUGGUGGCGCGCAUGCCGCAAGCAAUGUCUUGUCGACGAUGAUGGUACCUGCAACAGCAACAACAACAACAACUGCAGGGGCCGCAACAAACACCGUUGCAGCUAGUUUAGCCACAUUUAACGGAAAUUCAAAUUUAAAUGUUGCCAACGGAAACAUUGGCGGCAAUCGCAAUCACAACAACAGCCACAAUCACAGUCACACUGUGCACACUGGUGCUGGUGGUGUUGGCAAAAAGUCAUUGACAAACAUGCAUGCAUCCCGUGAGGAUGUUGCAUCACCAACACAACCACAAGCACAAUUGCCGCCACCGCCGUUAACACAGCUGGGCAAUGCCAUGCCAACGGCAUCAAUCAACAAUCAGCAGUUGUCAGCAACUAACAGUCAGAGCAAUCACAAUCAUAACAACAACAACAUGAGUAGCAAUAUGAACGGUAGCAACGGCAGCAAUAUUAAUAAUAGCAAUGGUAACGGUAAUGGCAGUGCAAACAUCAGCAGCAUUCUGAAAGGGAGUAAAGAAAAUUUACUGCAAAACAGUUAUAACGGCGCUCCGACUAGUGAUAAUAUUGUUUUGGAUAUUGACGAUCCUGGAGAUGGACUGGGUCCUUUGCCACCCAAAUGGGAGACCGCAUAUACCGAACGUGGUGAAUUAUAUUUUAUCGAUCACAACACCGGCACAUCUCAUUGGCUCGAUCCGCGUCUAUCGAAAUUCCAAAAGAAAUCACUAGAAGACUGCGGUGAUGAUGAACUCCCUUAUGGUUGGGAGAAGAUUGAAGAUUCUCUGUAUGGCACCUAUUACAUAGAUCACGUGAACCGCCGCACACAAUAUGAAAAUCCAGUUUUGGAAGCUAAACGACGUGCUGCAGAGCAAAGGCAGAAACAACUACAACAACCGCCACCACCUGCACACAGCAGUGCACAGAAUAUGCAAGGAGUAGGUUACACAACGCAACAACAACAACCGCCGCCACCACCGCCUACUAGCCAACCAACGCAACAGCAGCAACAACUACGUCCGCAAACACCAUCUACACAAAUGACAAGCAAUUUGGUGAAUGGCGCUGGCAUGGGUGGUAAUGUAAUUGGCGGUGCGGAUGAUGGCAACGAUCGUGUUACUCCGGCACUCGGUAAUAACAUGGUCGAUAUAUCACAACGUGGCAUGCAACCACCGCCAACGGGCUUGGGUAUGCAGUCGGCAACAACACCACUACUGCCAUACAAAUUCACGCGGAAUCCCGGUGAGAUGCAGGGCGAACGCAUCACCGCGUCGUUGGUGAAGUCUGCACGCGGCCUUGGCAUCACCAUUGUGGGUGGCGACGAUGGUGCGGAGGAGUUUCUGCAAAUCAAGUCGAUUGUGCCGCACGGUCCAGCGUGGUUGGAUGGUCAACUGCAGAUGGGUGAUGUGUUGAUGUAUGUGAAUGAUACUUGUGUGCUUGGGUUUACGCAUCACGAGAUGGUCAAUAUUUUCCAGUCGAUUUUGCCCGGCGAAACCGUUACAUUAGAGGUAUGCCGUGGCUAUCCCUUACCUUUUGACCCUAAUGACCCGAACACCGAGGUGGUCACUACUAUAGCGGUGGAUGGUGUUAGUGUUGCGGCGACGGACAAACAACGUCGUAUGCUACUCGAUCUACAUAUGGAUGGUAAUUAUAAUUUUCUCGAAACCAUCGGUGGUGACGGAGGCGGCACGAAAGCGCACACGCAUAAUCAAAUGCGCAAUCAGCACUCACCAGUUACUGGGGGCUUAAAUGACGGCUUCAUUUUAAUGAAAAAACCCGAGUUGCACGAGCACACAUUUACGAUUGUUAAAGGUGCCAUGGGUUUCGGUUUCACCAUUGCCGACUCGGCUUAUGGGCAAAAGGUGAAGAAGAUUCUCGAUUACAACUGUUGUACGCAUCUACAAGAGGGCGAUGUGCUAUUGGAGAUUAACGGCAUUGAUGUGCAUCAACAGAGUCAUCUUGAAGUGGUGCAGAUAUUGAAGGAUUGUUCGAAAACCGAACCGACACAUGUCAAAAUUCAACGCGGUGGUCCAUCUACAAAUAGUGCCAAUGCCUCACCCUCCGGGGGCGCAUAUAAUACCACCGGUUUGAGUAAUCCACCGCCAACGAGCAGUUCCAGCAACAACAGUUUGAGUAAUGUUGCGAAGUUACGCAAGAACUUUACCUCCGCAUUGUUUCGGAGCAAGACACCGACUGCGGAUCUGUAUAGCACACAGCCGAAAGAGAUACUGCCAAUACGUCCGAAGACACCAUUGGUCGAUACGCGUCGUACACGUGCGCAAACGCCUAAUGAUGAGCUACAGCACAGUGAGGAUGUCAAUGAUGGGAACCUUGAUGGCAGGUUUUCGGCCAGUAAGCACCAAUUGGAUGCUGUCACGCAUAAAUCCACAAAUAGUCUACAGGAGAUCGAGGCAAUUAGUCAAGAUAUACCAUUCUUGGAUCCAUACCCGAAAUUAGUCACCAGUUUGAGUGAGCGUUUGGCUGGCGCAACAUUGCUAACCGAAAAUGUUGGUAAUAUCAGCUCUAACGGCUGUAAUAUCGAUAAUAUGGGUGGCCUUAAUAUGGGCACUGACUACCACCAUGCCAGCGGUCUUUCGCUGCCCUCGAGUGUAGCCGACCCAAUGCGCUACGAACAUCAAGAGUACGUUACGGCCGGCAUGCGCGCUGGUGGCAAUAACAUAUAUGGCAUAUCGCCGCUACCCAACAGCAUUAAUAAUUUCUAUGCGCCACAACAAUUGCCCACACCGCCACAUCUUAGCAUUUCGGCCAGCAGCUAUUCACCAGCGACGUCGCUCGGUUUGACAACAACAUCCGCUACGCAUCACAAUAUCUUGCAUCAUCAUCCACUACAAUUGCCACCACCACCACCACCAGCGUCGCAUAUGCAUGGGCAUCCACACGGCUCGCAGUACUCACCGGCUUCGCUGCAUUCGACCACACCGUUACAAGCGGCACACAUACAAAACGAACGCAUGCAAAAACGUGUCAACGAGCUGCUGAGUGAUCGACGUCGUGUGGGCUUCUCCACACUGGAUAUGGCACAACCACAGAAACUCUCGCCAGCGCCGUAUGCUAAUCAGCAAUUGUUGCAACCACAACAGCAGCAGCAGCCGCCUUCACAACAUUCACCGGCUGUGAGUAGCGUGUCGCAGCAACCAACGUUGUCCUGGUUGGGACAGGCCAGCAGUAACUACACCAAUGCUAUGCAGUCUUCGCCGAGCGGUAACUUACCGUUCCUCCAACGUAAUGGCGGUGCAAUGGAUGCGCUGGAUGAACUGACCACAGAACAGUAUGAGUUGAGUGAGAUCACUUUGGAGCGACAGGCGCUUGGCUUUGGGUUUCGCAUUGUUGGCGGCACGGAGGAGGGCUCACAAGUGACAGUGGGUCACAUUGUGCCCGGUGGUGCCGCCGAUAAUGACCAUCGCAUUAAUACAGGGGACGAGAUACUCAGCAUAGACGGUAUCAAUGUGGUCAAUUCGUCGCACCACAAAGUUGUUUCACUAAUGGGUGAGGCGGCAUUGCGAGGUCAAGUGACUAUGAUACUGCGUCGUCGCUUGCGGUUAACACAACACCAACCACAAUUAUUGCAAUCACAACAGCAACAAUUACCCUUACCGCUACCGCCGCCAUUAAACAUGCCCAUGCGCAAUACAUACCGAUAUCCAUAUGAUGUUAUAGUCAGUCGACACGAGUCCGAAGGCUUUGGGUUUGUGAUUAUAUCGUCAUCAAAUCAAUUCUACGGCUCCACAAUCGGAAAAUUGAUACCCGGCAGUCCAGCCGAUCGUUGUGGUGAGCUGAAAGUGGGUGAUCGUAUCAUCGCUGUUAAUCGCAUAGAUAUUUCCGGUAUGUCACAUGGUGAUGUAGUCAAUCUCAUAAAGGAAUCGGGGCUACAUGUGCGUUUGACAAUCGGUUGUCCAAAAGACGCCUUGACAACACCCACCUCUACGUUGGGCACACAAAAUUCAGCAUUAAUCGUCAACUCCGCACAAGUGUCGCCAGGUCAGCUGUCGCAAAAUCAAUUAAUAUAUACACCGUUGACAACACAACAACCACAUAAACCACAGAUAUCGCCAAAUUUAUUGUCAAACAAUCAAAAUGGUGGCAACUACUUUAUGGAGCAACCGCGAACGAGCGCAGCAACAACAAAUUUUGUACAACAACAACAGCAUACACAUUCGUCAUUGCAGCAACAGCAUCAGCAGCAACAACAACAGCAAUUGCUGCCACCACAAUUAUGACUUUGAGACUUACGCAUAAGACUCUAUAAAAGUUUCCUUUAGCACAACAACGUUGUAUAUACGAAUAUUUUAUAGGCGCAUAAAUUUUAUAAUUUUUUAUAUUGAAAUUUAAAAAAAUUAGCAUGUAUUAAUGUUUAUGUAGUUAUUUGUACGAUUUAUAAUAUUUGUAUCUAUUAAUAUAUAACUACAUGCAAACUUUUUUCAAUACAUUUGUAUGUAUAUAUUAAUAUUUAAUACUUAGAAAUAUGUAAAGAAAGCAUGUAUGAGUUGAAAGUGUGUUAGUGAAAACAAUAAUGUUUAAAUAUUUCAACUCAUUCGUUCUACAUUUACACACUUAACCCGUAUUGUAUCCCAAAGACUGAAAUUAGCCCCGUGCGCUAUUAAGAUGCGUCGUCAAAAGCCACAAACAAAUUUAGAAAACAAUUUUUACCAGUUAAGCAUUUCAUAUUAGAUACGUAUAUACAAAAUUGUUACAAUUUUUAAAUUUACAAAAAAAAGUAUAUAUAUAUAUAUAGGAUAUGUGCAGAGAAUUUGCAUUUAUUUACUCUAAUGCACAAGCAUGUUACAUUUAAUCGCAGUCUAUUACUUACAUAUGUACAUAUAUAUGCAUAUAGUAAUAAAUUUUUAGCAAUAUAAACAUACAUAUCUACUGAAAAUAUUAUAUAUAAAAUUAAGUAUUAAUUUUCAUAUUAUGCAUCAGUCUUAAAACAGUAAAAUUACAAUUUAUACAACCUGCAGUAGCCUUAUGUAACCAGUGUCACCUUAUAUUUUUACUUAUGUUAAAAACUGAAUGCUAAUAAUGUUAAUAUUUUACUAUUUUGUGUUGGAAUAAAUUUUUGCG